ACAAAAAUAAAAUUAUAAAUAGCGUAAUCUAUUUGCAAAAUUCAAUCAUAGCUUCUAUUGGCCCGAUUGCGACUUCAUUUCUCCGACCACCAUUUCUGAAGAUUCAGACAACUCAAAAAGUUUGUUUACCAUGGCGAGAAAGAUGCUAAUUGAUGGUGAGCUAAGCACACCCAGUGAAGAUGUGAUUCAGUAUGACUUUGAUUUGUUUGUGAUUGGAGCUGGAAGUGGUGGUGUACGUGCAUCUAGAAUGUCAGCUAAACAUGGUGCUAAGGUUGCUGUUUGUGAGCUUCCAUUUGAUCCGAUCAGUUCUGAAGUUGUUGGAGGAGUUGGUGGGACGUGUGUGAUUCGUGGCUGUGUUCCUAAAAAGAUUUUAGUUUAUGGAGCAUCAUAUGGUGGUGAGCUUGAGGAUGCCAGAAAUUAUGGAUGGGAACUGAAUGAAAGAAUUGAUUUCAACUGGAAGAAGCUUUUGAAUAAGAAGACUGAAGAGAUAAUCAGACUUAAUGGAAUUUAUAAGAGGAUGCUUUCGAAUAGUGGAGUGAAAUUGUUUGAAGGAGAGGGAAAGAUUAUUGGCCCUAAUGAGGUUGAGGUGACACAACUUGAUGGAACCAAACUGAGCUAUUUAGCUAAACACAUACUUAUUGCAACAGGAAGUAGAGCUCAACGACCAUCUAUUCCGGGGAAGGAAUUGUCCAUUACUUCGGAUGAAGCUCUGAGCUUGGAUGAGUUUCCAAGGCGUGUUGUUAUUCUUGGGGGAGGAUACAUUGCUGUUGAAUUUGCUUCUAUUUGGCGUGGUAUGGGUGCCACAGUUGACCUCUGUUACAGAAAAGAACUUCCACUAAGUGGUUUCGAUGAUGAAAUGAGAACAGUUGUGGCUGGAAACCUGGAAGGAAGGGGAAUUAUUUUACACCCUGGGACAAAUUUGACAGAGUUAGUUAAAACAGAUGAUGGGAUAAAGGCUAUCACAGACACCGGUAAAGAAUUGACAGCUGAUGUUGUACUCUUUGCCACAGGAAGAAAACCCAACACAGGAAGGCUAAACUUGGACUCUGUAGGUGUUAAGCUCGACAACAUAGGAGCUAUCAAGGUAGAUGAAUACUCCCGCACAAAUAUACCAAGUAUAUGGGCUAUUGGUGAUGUAACAAACAGAAUGAACCUUACCCCUGUGGCCUUGAUGGAGGGAACAUUUUUCGCAAACACUGUUUUUGGCGGGAAUCCUACCAAACCUGACUACACAAAUAUAGCUUGUGCUGUCUUCUGUAUACCACCUCUUUCUGUGGUGGGGCUUAGUGAAGAACAAGCUAUAGAGCAAGCAAAAGGUGAUGUCAAGGUUUUUACCUCGACGUUUAAUCCUAUGAAGAACACCAUUUCAGGGCGACAAGAGAAGACCAUAAUGAAGCUGAUAGUAGAUGCUGAAACAGAUAAGGUUCUUGGAGCGUCAAUGUGUGGACCAGAUGCCGCCGAGAUCAUGCAGGGUAUCGCUAUUGCCUUCAAAUGUGGAGCAACCAAGGCACAAUUUGAUAGCACGGUGGGAAUUCAUCCUUCUGCUGCAGAAGAAUUUGUUACCAUGCGAGAAGUGUCGAGGACUAUAAGUAAAUCUAAAUAGUAAAACAGUUGGAGAUGGAAUUGGCAAUGUUUCAAGAAGAAGAAGGAUAGAACAUUUAAAACAAUCAUAUAUUCUACUACUAUUACUAAAUAAAUAAUGUAUUCAUUCAUAGACCAGGUUUCUUAAUAAUUUUGCUUCAUGGAUCUUGGAUUGGAUUCUUAUCUUUUUUUUAUGCUGUAGUUGCACUUAUGUUGCUCUU